AUGGGGAGCAGCAGCACCGAGAGUAGCCUGCUUCUCGCCUCGCUCCAGAAGGACUACAGCACGCUCAAGGAGUCCAUGGAUGUCGAUCGAACGAAGGACAUCCAAAUCGCCGCCAAGAAGAUCGCCUACGCGAUGAACGUCGAAGUCCCCAACGUGAUGCUACCGCCCUACGUCAAAAUCAUCUACACGAAUUUCGCCCACGUUCGGAUGCUCGCGAUCGCUCUCAUCAUGCUCUUCACCUUCGUCGAGCGCCCGUGGUGGUGCCACACGUACCCCGACGAAUGCGCGAAGAGCCACGUCUACAUGAACUCGGGCCUCCCCAUGCUUCCCUUCGUGUUCACCGACAGCGUGCAGCUCGCAUGUCUCGGGUGGCUCCUCUUCGAUCUUUUCCUCCGAUACAAGAUUAUGGGCAAGGCCGGCUUCUCGGAAGGCACCUACCUCGCGCAGGCCAUCCUCAUCGUCGUCUCGAUCGCCGACACUGCGUUCGCCCUCCUUGUGCCCAUCUACCGCGAUUCCUGCUUCUUCUCGCCCUUCUUCCGGCCAUUCCUCUUCGUGAUGAUGUUCUCCUCGAUUCGCGCUACCCUGUGGCAGAUCAUCAAGAUCAUUCCCAUCAUCUUCGAGCUGCUGGUGCUGCUGCUGCUACUUCUCAUCACGGCCGCCUGGUUCGGAUUGAUUCUCUUCUUCGAUCAAGAGAAUCUGGGCCGCGACUACUUCGAUUCCUUCGGCAACGCUCUCCUCAACAUGUUCAUCUUCCUGACGACGGCCAAUUCGCCCGAUGUGAGGAUGCCAGUCUACUACCAGCACCGCAGUUCCGUCAUCUUCUUCAUCGUUUACCUCGUUAUCGGCCUGUACUUCAUUCUUCCGUUCAUCUUCUCUACGGUGUACAACAACUACAAGACGAUCCUCGAGCAGACCGAGCAGUACUACGUGCUGAGGAGGAAGAAGGCCCUGCUGUCUGCCUUCCAUCAGCUGGAUCGCGACAAGGAAGGGUUGGUCGAGUUGGACUGGGUGGCAGUGCUGCUCGUUGAGCUGGGCAAAUACAGCUCGAAGAUCUCGAUGGUCGUGGACGAGCACAGCCAGAAAAUGAUUGCUGAGCUCGACGCCAACCACGACGGCAAGCUGGAUGACUACGAGUUCGUUCAGUUGUUCACCACCGUGCUGCACCUUCAGAUCGCGCACAACGAAACAGGCACACUUGCGGAUGAUCCCUCUUCUGUCCCAGAGGCUGUUUCUGACUGCGAAAUCGACAUUGAUCCGAUCGUCAACGAAGAGGAGGUGGCUCAACUCUCGGCUGGCAAGAGGUUGUUCCGCUACCUCAGCGAUCUGCACAACAGGAUUAUGAUGAGCAGUCCCUUCUGUCGCUCGCUGCGUGCCGUGACCUUCCACCCGUACUUUGAGUACUCGAUCGAUGUGCUACUCGUCCUUAACGGCAUCUUCUUCGCGUUCCAAACCUACUUCUUCGUCACGGGACGAUUUGAUCGAUCCGUUCAGUGGCACUGGGACCUAGGCGAGUGGUUCUUCACGCUCCUGUGGACGUGCGAGAUGGUGGUCAAGAUGUUCCUUAUGGGCCUGCGAGGUUAUGCUUCCAACUACAAGAACCUGUUCGACGCCACCAUCACCAUUGUCGGCCUGAUUGCUUCGGUCCUCUCCGAGCUCGACCUUGUAGGCAACAAGCUGGUCAGAGUCAUCAUGAUCUUCCGUUCGUUGAGGCUCCUUCGUCUGUUCUCGCGCAUGAAGAAGUUCAGGAUGAUCUUCGCCACCCUCGUCCAGCUCAUCCCCAUUUUCACCGCACUCCUCGGUGUGCUUGUGUUCCAGUACUACAUCUUCGGUCUCAUAGGCAUCCGUGUGUUCGGCGGUCUCCUCAACACCGAGAAUCCCGCGCUGCACGGAACCGCCUUCGAAGCCGCCAGCUACUUCCCCAACAACUUCAACGACUUUGGGUCCACGUGCGUGACCCUGUUCGAUUUGAUGGUGAUCAAUAACUGGUUCAUCUACAUGGACGCCAUUGCGUUGGUCACCAACGAGGCGAGCCGCCUCUACUUCUUCCUGUUCUGGUUCUUCACCAACUUGCUCACGCUCAACCUGCUCGUGGCCAACAUCCUCGACGCCGUCUCGGCGCAGCUGGACAAGAUCAAGGAUGCCGACAAGACGCCCGAGGAGGAAGAGCGACCACCCGUCCUCCAGCCGUUGAUGCAGAAGUCACCGACCAAGUCUCCUUGA